AAGGAAGCAAUUGUCGCUGCCAUUAGCGGAGAAACUGCUUAAAUUUAACACCCUUUUGCAGGAUAAUAAAUGGGUCGAUCGUCGUUUUGCGUAUGGAGUGAGAGGCAGAGAUUAGCUAAUCUGUUGAGGUUUUGUUCGAAGAAUAAAUUGCGGCAUCAAGGGGUUCAAGUCCAUGCGGCAGUGUUAGCGAUAGGAUUUGGGUUUGAUUUGAUGUUGAACAAUGAUCUUAUAGAUAUGUAUGCAAAAUGUGCUGAGAUGGGUAUGGCUAAUGAUGUGUUUGAUAGAAUGCCUGAGAGAAAUGUAGUUUCUUGGACAGCACUACUAUGUGGGUGUUUACAAAAUAGCAAUGCCAAAGCAUCAUUAUCACUCUUCUGUGACAUGUUAUAUUCAAGCGUGAGGCCAAAUGAGUUCACUUUCUCGACAAAUUUUAAAGCUUGUGGGAUUCUGAGUAAUCCUGAGAUUGGAAUACAGAUACACAGUAUGUCAGUAAAAUGUGGAUUUGAAAGUGUUCCUGUGGUUGGAAAUUCAAUCAUUGAUAUGUACUCAAAAUGUGGUCGAAUAAAGGAAGCAGCAAGGAUGUUCAACGUUUUGCCUGUGAAGGGUCUUAUAAGCUGGAACACAAUGAUAGCAGGUUACACUCUGUCAGGUCUUAGUGAGAAAGCUUUAGCACUGUUUGGAAGAAUGCAAAAGGGUGAAGAAAUCCCAGAUGAAUUUACAUUAACAAGCACAUUGAAGGCUUGUAGUCGUCUUGAUGCAAUCAGAGAAGGAUCAAUAAUUCACAGUUCGUUGAUUAUCAGUGGAUUUCCAUAUACAAUUAAGGCAGCAGUUGCUGGAUCACUCAUUGAUUUGUAUGUGAAAUGUAGGAAAUUGCAUGAGGCCCGCAGGGUUUUUAACCAGAUUGAACAGAAGAAUGUGAUAUCCUGGAGUGCAUUGAUUCUGGGGUAUGCUCAGGAAGGAAACUUGGCUGAGGCCAUUGACUUGUUCAGGCAGCUUAGAGACAGUGGCAUUGAGGUGGAUGGGUUCGUCUUAUCAAGCAUGAUGAGUGUUUUUGCUGAUUUUGCACUUGUGGAGCAAGGCAAGCAGAUGCACACAUAUGCUGUAAAGGUCCCUGCAGGUUUAGAAAUCUCUGUCUCCAAUUCAAUUGUGGACAUGUACCUCAAAUGUGGGCUUUUAGAUGAAGCAGAAAAACUAUUCAAUGAAAUGCCAGCAAGAAAUGUGGUGUCUUGGACGGUUAUGAUCACUGGUUAUGGGAAACAUGGUCUUGGCAAAGAGGCAACUCAGUUCUUCAACAAGAUGCUGUUAGAAAAUAUUGACCCUGAUGGAGUGACAUAUCUGGCUGUACUCUCAGCCUGCAGCCAUUCUGGACUCAUUGAGCAGGGUGAAGAGUACUUUUCACAACUGUGUCAUGAUAAGCUGAUCAAACCAGGAAUAGAGCAUUAUGCUUGCAUGACUGAUCUUCUUGGACGUGCUGGGCGAUUGAAAGAAGCCAAGGACCUCAUAGAAAGUAUGCCUCUAAAGCCUAACGAGGGGAUUUGGCAGACAUUGCUCGGUGCUUGUAGAGUACAUGGUAACUUGGAGAUGGCGAGAGAAGUAGGUGAAAUUCUUUUGAGAUUGCAUGACAAUAAUGCUGUUAACUAUGUGAUGAUUUCAAACAUCUACGCUGAGGCUGGAUAUUGGAAGGAAUGUGAGAAAGUAAGAGAGCUAGUGAAGGUUAAGGGGUUGAAGAAAGAGGCAGGACGUAGUUGGGUAGAGAUUGAAAAGGAGAUACACUACUUCUAUGGGGGAGACAACACGCACCCACAAACGGACAAAAUCCAUGAAAUUUUGAAGGAAAUGGAGAAACGAAUGAAGGAAGAAUUGGGUUAUGUUUAUAGGGUGAAAUUCGCAUUGAAAGAUGUAGAAGAGGAGUCCAAGGAAGAGAGCUUGAGAGUUCAUGGUGAGAAGUUAGCGAUUGGGUUGGCACUUCUUUGCGGUGGGUUAGACAAGCCAAGAGUCAUCCGGGUCUUCAAGAACCUAAGGGUUUGUGGGGACUGUCAUGAAUUUAUCAAAGGUUUAUCAAGGAUUUUGAAGGUAGUAUUUGUAGUGAGAGAUGCCAAUAGAUUUCACCAUUUCAGGGAUGGAAAGUGUUCUUGUGGUGAUUAUUGGUAACCAUGUACAUUAUUGGAUUACAGAAAUCAGAUGAAACACUGAAUUAAAGUUGUAGGGACUUU